AUGGCCUCGGAGCUGGAGAGCCUCAACCCCAGCGCGCGGAUCAUGACCUUCCGCCCCACCAUGGAGCAGUUCCGGGACUUCAGCCGUUACAUCGCAUACGUGGAGGCGCAGGGAGCGCACCGCGCUGGGCUGGCCAAGAUCGUGCCCCCCAAGGAGUGGAAGCCGCGGAAGUGCUACGACGACAUCGACGAGCUGGUGAUCCCCGCGCCCAUCCAGCAGGUGGUGACCGGGCAGUCCGGGCUCUUCACGCAGUACAACAUCCAGAAGAAGGCCAUGACGGUGCGCGAGUUCCGUCGGAUCGCCAACAGCGACAAGUACUGCACACCUCGCUACACAGACUUCGAAGACCUUGAAAGAAAGUACUGGAAGAACCUUACGUUCAACGCCCCCAUCUAUGGUGCUGAUGUUAAUGGCACGCUUUAUGACAAGCACGUGGAUGCGUGGAAUAUUGGCAGAUUGAACACGAUCCUGGAUGUUGUGGAGAAUGAGAGCGGCAUAACCAUUGAAGGAGUGAAUACUCCUUACCUCUAUUUUGGCAUGUGGAAAACUUCAUUUGCUUGGCAUACUGAGGACAUGGAUCUCUACAGUAUUAAUUACCUGCAUUUUGGGGAGCCUAAGUCAUGGUACUCUAUUCCUCCAGAGCAUGGCAAGCGACUGGAGAGACUUGCCAAAGGAUUCUUUCCAGGAAGUGCCCAGAGCUGUGAAGCGUUUCUCCGUCACAAGAUGACUUUGAUCUCUCCAUCAAUUCUGAAGAAAUAUGGCAUCCCAUUUGAUAAGGUGACACAGGAGGCAGGAGAAUUCAUGAUAACUUUUCCUUAUAGUUAUCAUGCUGGCUUUAAUCACGGAUUUAACUGUGCUGAAUCCACCAACUUUGCUACUCUUCGGUGGAUUGAGUAUGGGAAGCAGUCUGUAUUGUGCUCGUGUCGGAAGGACAUGGUGAAGAUCUCCAUGGAUGUGUUUGUGAGGAAGUACCAGCCAGACCGUUACAAGCUUUGGAAAGCUGGGAAGGAUGUGACUGUCAUUGACCACGCUCUUCCAACACCAGAAGCAGCUGAGUUCCUUAAAGGGGAUCUCAUGCAAAAGGUCAAGAGUGGGAGGCAAUAUGCUGAGGAUAUGGAAACAGGAGAAGGAUGUAAAGAGGAACUGGACGGGGAUGAGACAAAAAGUGUGCCCAAGCAUCGCAUAGGAACAAAAAGGCACAGAGUGUGCCUGGAAGUACCUCAAGAAGUGAGUGAGAGUGAGGCCUUCCCCAAAGAGGAGCUGAGCUCUACUCAGGAUGAAGCAAAUGCUGCAGAACCUUGUGAGAGAGCUACAGGAGAAGUUACGCAGCAGAGUGAGCAGGGGCACAAGGUUCCAGAUCGUGUGGGCAUGGCUAAAUCUGAAGAACUGAAAGUGGUGAAGCUUGAGGAGGAAGAAGAGGAAGAGCAAGAGGCAGCUGUGUUGGAUCUCUCCAUUUCCCAUACUUCAAAUUCUGCUUCGGUUUUGCCAGCUUCAAAGCAGAGUGCACCUUCCAGUGUUCAGCCCAGCUCGCCAGCGUAUUCAGGGUCUUCAGACUCUGAGUCAACUGAUCUGUUGCCAAAAAGAACUCUACCUGGGCCAGCUGGGGUGCUUACAGUCCAUAGCUAUGCUAGAGGGGAUGCCAGCGGAUCUGACAAUGAACAGACUUCAGGAAAGAAAGCCAGUGCUACAGCCAGUGUGAAUGAACAAGAAUUGGCAGAGGUAACAAAGGAAUACAUACAAUCAGUGAAGGAAAGUAAGAAGUCCAAGGGUCGUCGCCAGCCAUUAAGUAAGCUCCCACGCCACCACCCGCUGUUGGUUAAAGACUGCAUUAGUGAUGAUGAGGCAUCGGAGCAACUAACUCCUGAAGAAGAGGCUGAGGAAACAGAAGCUUGGGCCAAGCCACUUAGCCAGCUCUGGCAGAAUCGGCCACCAAAUUUUGAGGCUGAAAAAGAGUACAAUAGGACCAUGGCUCAGCAAUCUCCUCACUGUGCUGUUUGCAUGCUCUUCCAGACGUAUCAGGCAGAAUGUGGAAGCAGCAGUCAGAACUCUGGAGUAACUCCAGGUGCUGCAGAUGGGAAGAUCCGAACCAAGCCUCUGAUUCCUGAAAUGUGCUUUACUACAACUGGCUGCAGCACUGAUCUCAAUCUUUCAACCCCUUACUUAGAGGAAGAUGGAACCAGUGUGCUCAUCACCUGCAGGAACUGCCAAGUCUGUGUUCAUGCAAGUUGUUAUGGUGUAUCCCCUGACAAGGCCACUGAAGACUGGAUGUGCUCCAGGUGUACAGAAAAUGCCUUAGAAGAGGACUGCUGUUUGUGUUCAUUACGAGGAGGAGCAUUGCAAAGAGCUAAUGAUGACAAGUGGGUUCAUGUCAUGUGUGCUGUAGGUGUACUGGAAGCAAAAUUUGUGAACAUUGCAGAGCGCAGUCCUGUAGAUGUCGGCAAGAUUCCCCUGCAACGUUUCAGACUGAAAUGCAUCUUCUGCAAAAAACGAAGGAAGAGAAUUGCAGGUUGCUGUGUACAAUGCUCCCAUGGUCGGUGUCCCACAUCCUUUCACGUCAGCUGUGCCCAGGCAGCAGGAGUUAUGAUGCAGCCUGAUGACUGGCCAUUUGUUGUCUUCAUUACCUGCUUCAGGCAUAAGAUCCCAUCUCAGGCAGAGCGAGCUAAGGCUGCACUCCAAGAUCUGUCACCUGGGCAGAUAGUCAUCAGCAAGCACAAGAAUGGUCGCUUCUAUCAAUGUGAAGUGGUCAGCCUCGCAAAAGAGACUUUCUACGAGGUCAACUUUGAUGAUGGUUCCUUCAGUGAUAACCUGUAUCCAGAGGACAUUGUGAGUCGAGACUGUCUUCAGUUGGGUCCUCCAGCUGAAGGUGAAGUUGUGCAGGUGAGAUGGACAGAUGGACAGGUUUACGGAGCCAAGUUUGUUGCAUCACAUGCCAUCCAGAUGUACCAGGUGGAAUUUGAGGAUGGUUCACAGCUGAUGGUGAAAAGGGAUGAUGUGUACACUUUGGAAGAGGAGCUUCCUAAGAGAGUCAAGUCAAGGCUGUCAGUGGCUUCAGAUAUGCGCUUCACAGAGAUCUUCGCAGAGAAGGAGGUCAGGCAAGAGAGGAAGAGACAAAGAGUGAUCAAUUCACGCUAUCGGGAAGAUUACAUUGAACCUGCCUUGUACCGGGCCAUCAUGGAGUAAGCGCUGCCUGUGGCAGAGGAAGAAGAUGCCCACCUACUCCAAGGAUUUAAACGCUCCAGUACAACAGGCCAUAUUUGGAUGCUUCAAAUCCAGGGUUUUUUUUGUUUUGUUUUGUUUUUUUUAAAGAAAGUUAUGAAGCUGAUGCUCUGCAGUAGCUGAAAGGCAGCUGUUGGAUGGUGAAACGGAUCCCGUUUGCUGAAGCUGAUGCCUGCGAUCUCUUGGUCUGAAGUUGGGUCUGUACUGAACGAGCCAGCUUUGAGAGGGUGCUGCUUUCAUCUCGUUGAGCCAUCUUGCUUUUCUUUUAGAGACUAUUUUGACAGGUGAAAAACUCUUCUGGGAGUUGUAGCCAGGAAUCUCGGCAGCUGCAGAGUAGUACAAAGUCUGUUGUUUUAAUUGAAUAAUGUUCCUGAUUUUGAGAGUCUCCCUGUUGGCUACACCUGGGCUCGAGCAGGCAGUAUUACUGGUGCUUGAUAUUGAACCUCUUUUUAUAUUUAUAUCCUUUUUUUUGUUGUUGUUGUUUUUGUUGUAAGCAGCUUCAGACUCUUGUUUCUCAGCACCUUCUUUCUGAUGGUUGAGCUGUAGGCUGUUCAGAUCCAAGCAGACAGGAGGUGCUCGUGUGAACAGGUGCAAUGUGAAACUGAACCUAUUGGACAGAUUAUUUAACCGUUUAAUAUUUUUGUUCCAAUGCUCGUUUUGAUUUAGUUACUCUUAACUAUAUGUGCCUCAGUAUAAAAAAAAAAAAAAAAAAUCUGUCUGGAGCCCUGUACAGUGCAGCCUUCUAACAAGAUUAAGCAUUCACCUUCGAGUAGACAUUCAUCACCCAAGAGUUUCUUCUGAGUUUCUUCCCACUCCAACUAAUGCAAUAAUGAACAAAGGGGCGGAGUUCUAACUAACUCUCCACCUUUGAAAUCCAAGCAUCACAGUAUUGAGUAUGACAGGGCAGUGGCACCUGAAUGAGUGCUGUACCUUUUCUGUGGCAGCACUGCCUUUUGUGUGACCACAAGCUGUUGGGUUUGUGACAGAUUAAGCAUGCACUGAACUGUAUGUAUUACUGAGGAGCUGUGCAGUGCUCUUCUCAAGUAGGAGUGCUGCCAUGUUACUGUCCAGCAAAGGUUACCACGGCAUCUUUAUAAAGCAUAAGUCAGGCACCUCUCAGUUGUGUUGGCAAGGACUUGCUACCUCAGCAAAUGGAACGUGAAUUAAGCUGGGUAGUAAGUGCACCUUGAAGGUGUGCCAGCUUGCUCCGAGCAGUGUAAGCAUUAACACACCACAGCAGGAGCCAUGUAAAUAUUUGUUCCUUUCCCAUUCUGUAGGAAAGGGUUUUGGGGCUGUGGAGCAGAUUGGCCACCUUCCUUUUUGCAUAGGAUGAUGGGAUUACUUUUCUGCUGAAGAAGAAUAAAGUAAUGUUCUCCAGAAGUAGUUAAAGAGGAGAAUUUUCUAGUGAAACAGAUCUAAUGCAUCCCUGCUUCUAUAGGGAGAUAGCAGUGUAUCUGCAAAAACUGGGUUUGUAACUUUUUUCCUUUUCUUACAUAGGAAUGCUAUAAACCAAACUAUUCUGAAAUCCUGGUGCGUCCGUCUGUGAUUAGCAAUAAAACGUAGUCUUGUGUAGUCAUACAGCUCUUGACCAGAAAAGAAAUAAACUACAAGUUUUUUAAGGAAAAUCUUACUUAUCCUUACAUUUUUAUAGGGUCAGGAAGCUGAUAGGAGUAGCAAAGAUUUGCACAACCACAAUUUUGUAUGGACUCCCUCAUUCCAUUUUGUGGUGGAAUACCUUGUUCAUCAGUAUUGGAAGGCUUGAAGAGGUUCUGAAAGGAGAUAGCAGCUUUCCUUUGUGUUUUUGUUUUUUGUUGUUUUUUUUUUUUUUAAUAUUCCAUACCCUAAACUCCUGGUCUCAGGGUAUUAAAUUGCUUUCUGAUGAAUGAAAUAGUUGACUUGAUAAAACUAGGAUGCAUUACAGCCAGAGUCUAGUAGCUGCAGGUACUCUGGCCCAGACGAUGGAAGCAGAAUUGCACUUUGACAUCUUAGCCUGUACCUAAGCCUCUCUGAGGUGAUAUGCUGUUAGCCAACAUGGAGAGGAGGUGGUACGGUCCCAACAAACUUGCCUCUGUUCUUUCAGCAUAUCUGAAUAAGAUCUGGUAUUAACUUCAAGUAGGCUGAAUGCUGUCUGCAUAUUACUGAAAAACAUACUCCUCUUAUCACCUGCUGUUCCUCCUCCAGGUAAAAGGAUGCCUGCAUUCAGGCAUUCUUCUCAAACUGCCAUAUUACUCAAGUGCACCUUUUAGGUGCUGUGUGCUACCUGUGCUUCAAACACCUGGCUCUAAACAGCUUCAUCCUACACGGAUAACCAACUACAAAACAGCUGGAUUUGUUUGGAGUGCUGCUGCUCAACUGCAGCAGGUUUUGCUAUCCACUUCUAACAGUACUGAAUGGCUUUCAAGAGCUUCUAUGCCUAGCGUUUGUUGUGGAGCUGGAGCUUUGUUCUGCUGUGUUUCCCGCAGGCUCCAGACCUUGCUCUUGUCAGCUGGCUGCACUGUGUUGGAAAAGGCUGCCAUCGUGCACUCCGAGACGAGGGCCUUCCCAAGUGUCCUGUCAGUUCUUGUGCUGCAUCGUUCAAAUGUGAACAUACUUUAUCCCAGUGCAGGGACUGAACUGCGUUUUGGCUCCUGUCUGUGAACUUCUAAAAUAGGUGAUCCUGAUGUGUGGGGAUCUAUAUUAUUUGACUUGUCAAAAGAACACUGGGUUUAUGGCUUGGAGUAUAACAGGUAGCCAUAAAAGCUCUUUUCAGAGCAGCUGUCUCAAAGGUACAUUUGCUUUCAGUUACCGGUAGUUUGAACUUGACUGAUAAUAAUUUUCUUCAGUGGCUUGUUUUCUAGAAGUGUAUUUAUCCCUAUUACAGCAUCAUUCCAGUGAGGGUGAAGUGCUGCUGAAGUAUCAGCUAGUCAGGGGCUUCUGGAAUGUGUUCAAUAGGAAAUCAUCCUCAGUACCCCCAUGGGAGCUCCAAUGGUCCCUCAUUAGGUCCAUUAGCUGCGAUGCUGCAGGCAUAGACCUCACUUCAUUCUUCAUGGAGCGUCCAUCCACAACUGGUUCAGGUUGGACCCGCAAAAAGCAUUUUUAGUAUGACAUAAUCAUGGCUUGCUCUUAAUUCAGAAUGAGCUUGGUAAGCCAGUGAUUAUUUUUUAUAAGGUAUAAAAAGGUGACUGUAUUCUUUGUGAAGCACCUGACUGCAGUAGUGUUUCUGCCCGUGGCUGGUCUUCUAGGAGACCUUUCUCCUUCAGCAGCCUCCUCAGAUGCCCAGAGUCAGCACUGUCAGAAAUAGAAUCCAGUCUGCUUGCUCCUUCUCUCUCCCUGGUGUUUUGAGUUGGGGUUGAACUGAUCUGCACUGUCUGAGGAGCGCAGCCCUCUGACUGAUGGUACACCCAGAGGCUUCCGUGCAUCUCAGUUCUUCCAUUCUCUAACUGGGCUCCUGUUGUCUGACACAUCUGCAGUUGUGCUCAUUUUUUUUUUUUUUUUAAUGCAAGCACGAGAUGAAAACAUGACUUUGGUAGCCUGUAUGAUGUUUUCAAUCUGAUCAUGUAAUAAAUCUAAUUUCAAAA